UGCAAGCAAGACAAGACAUCGAGCAACCGAGCUCACUUCUUGCACUCUCGCUAGCUCGACCACCGAUCGCUUUUGCUAUGGCUCGCACUCAGGAGGUCCCGUUCGGCGUGAACCUGAUCGGGAAUGGCUGGGCGCCGCUGGGCGCGAGCACGACGCUGUCGGAGGAGCACGUAGUCGAGCAGGAUCAGGCCGUGCUCCCGGCCGUGGACGGCAUCGGCGAGCGCGAGGAGCGCAGGUACGUCCUUGCGGCGCGCCGUGACGGCGAGGACGACGGGCUGCGGCACGCGGUCCCGGCGGGCGCGCUCGUGCCCCGCGUCACGUACCGUGUCGCCGGGUGGGUCGCCGUGCAGGGUGGCGACGGCGGCGGCUGCGCCGGCGCCGAGGUCGGCCACGUGGUGCGUGUCAGCCUCCGCGUGGGCGACGGCGGCGGGUUUCGGCUGCUCGACUGCGGCGCGGUGUGUGCCGGCGUGGCCGGCGGCUGGGUGGAGAUCAAGGGCGCGUUCCGGCUGAAGGAGACCCCGGCCGGCGAGGUGGCGGUACACGUCCACGGCGCGCCCGCCGGCGUUGACGUGAAGGUGAUGGACCUCCGUGUGUUCGCGGAGGACCGGAAGGCGAGGUUCAAGCAGCUCAGGGAGAAGACUGACAAGGUUCGCAAGCGCGACGUCGUCCUCAAGUUCGGCGGCGCGGCCGGAGUAGCCGCGAGCAUGUCCGGCGCCACCGUCCGGGUGGUGCAGAUGGACGCCGCCUUCCCGCUGGGCACCUGCAUCAACGGCUCGGUGAUCCAGGACCCCAGCUUCGUCGACUUCUUCACCAACAACUUCGACUGGGCCGUCUUCGAGAACGAGCUCAAGUGGUACUGGACGGAGGCGCAGCGCGGCCAGCUCAACUACCGCGACGCCGACGCGCUGCUCGACUUCUGCGAGCGCCACGGCAAGCCAGCGCGCGGCCACUGCAUCUUCUGGGCCGUCGACGGCGACGUGCAGCAGUGGGUCAAGGACCUCGGCCGCGACGACCUCGCCUCGGCGGUGCACGGCCGCCUCAACGGCCUCCUGUCCCGCUACGCCGGCCACUUCCGCCACUACGACGUCAACAACGAGAUGCUGCACGGCCGCUUCUACCGCGACCGGCUCGGCGACGACGCCGCCGCGCUCAUGUUCCGCGAGGCCGCGCGGCUGGACCCGGCGGCGCAGCUCUUCGUCAACGACUACAACGUCGAGUGCGCCAACGACCCCAACGCGACGCCGGAGAAGUACAUCGAGCUGAUCACCGCGCUCCAGCGCGGCGGCGCGGCGGUGGGCGGCAUCGGCUUGCAGGGGCACGUCUCGAACCCGUCGGGCGAGGUCAUCUGCGACGCGCUCGACAGGCUCGCCACGACGGGGCUGCCCGUCUGGAUCACCGAGCUGGACGUGAGCGAGGCCGACGUGUCCCUCCGCGCCGACGACCUGGAGGUGGUGCUCCGCGAGGCGUACGCGCACCCGGCCGUGGCCGGCGUCGUGCUGUGGGGGUUCAUGCAGGGCCGCAUGUGGCGCCAGGACGCGGCCCUCGUCGACGCCGACGGCGGCGUCAACGAGGCCGGGCAGAGGCUGGUGAAUCUCCGGAGGGAGUGGAUGUCGGACGCGCGCGGAAGCGUCGACGGCGUCGGCAGUUUCAGGUUCAGGGGGUACCACGGCACGUACGUCGUGGAGGUGACGACGGCGUCGGGGAAGACGCUCAAGACGUUCGCCGUGGACAAAGGGGAGACCUCGCUUGUGGUGGACAUGCAAAUUUAACGGCUACGUGGAGUUAUGAGAUCUUUUAUUCAUACUGAUACAUAUAUAGUACCAAAUAAAUUCAAAUGUAUGGAGAGCACGAGGGACAGUGGUACUAAGGAUUCUACAACGGAACAGCGGAUGUUCGCCUUAUAUUUUUAAGUUGGUAUAAUGGUAUUGUAAGACAAAUAUAAGGUACUGUAUCCGGUAAGAUUUAAUGGAUAUGAAUAAAGUUAACGAGUUA